GCCGGGCACCAGCUGUAAUUACAGACGUGUUCUGGCACAUCACUGACUCUACAAAACUAAUCCUAAUAGACAAACUAUGGGACUAAAGAAAAAACAAAAAGAAAAGGAAGAAGAAGAGAACGAGGAUACUCCAGUGUCUUAUUUUCAAAUCUUCCGUUACGGUACAUGUCUGGAACUCUCAGCGACGAUCUUGGGCGUGGUGCUGGGCCUACUCAGCGGCGGUGGCGUCUGUUACAACCUGGUGCAAUUCGGUGAGCUCAGUACGGCCUUUGUAGAGCGCACCAAUCCUACUCCCGGCCAAUACUCCAGCUACAUGCCACUAACGAGACUUUUCGGAGGAGGUGAAUUGCUUAAGGACAGGAGUCACGAGGAAAACAUGCAAGCACUGGUAAACGACGGUAAAGCGAUGGCUAUUGGCAUGGUUGUGAGCAUCAUCAUUUCCUUGUUGAUGUGUGUCGCUUCCGUUGCCCUCGUCAGCUGGAGCGCACUUAGACAGAUCACAAGAAUAAGAAUGUUAUUUUUGAAAGCUGUUCUUCGGCAAGAUAUGGCUUGGUUCGACACUGAUACAGAAUUCAACUUAGCUUCUAAAAUGUCUGAGAACAUGAUGAAGUUGAAAGACGGCAUGGGUGACAAAUUGUCGGUAGUAGCAAAUCUGAUGGGAACCGCAAUAAUCUGCCUGGCGCAAGCUUUCCCGCUAGGCUGGGAACUCACACUGGCUUGCUGCACCGUCGUGCCGUUUUCAAUUGGAGCCUCCAUUAUUUUAACUAAUUACCAAACACGAUCAUCAAUUCGAGAAAUGGAAUCGUACAGCAUGGCGGGCAAGCAAGCCGAAGAGGUGCUGAAAUCUGUAAAGACAGUCGUAGCAUUUGCCGGAGAAAGCAAAGAAGUCGAAAAGUACAAGACUUUGCUCGAGCCAGCGGAACGAUACGGAAGAAAACGCGGUCUCUACACAGGUUUAGGCAAUGGCUUCAACUGGGUGCUAACGUAUUCUCUUAAUGCCAUCGGCCUCAUUUACGGUACCAGGCUUGUUAUAGAGGAUUUCGAUAAACCCACUGAAGAGAAAAGAUACCUCGUUGGAAAGCUUUUUAGUGUCCUCUUUAGUGUGUACAUGGCAACCCAGUCGAUCACGUUAAGCGUGCCUCAUGUCGAGGGCUUUGCUUCAGCCAGAGGCGCCGCCGCUAGUGUCUUCAAGCUAAUGGAUCGUGAUCCUGCAAUCGACACCUUUAAGAAAGGCGGCACUGCUCCACGAAGGGUCGUAGGCGAAAUUACGUUGGAAGAUGUCAAUUUUAGCUAUCCUUCUCGACCUGAUGUUCAGGUUCUAAAAGGAUUCACCCUUCAUAUAAAGCCGGGUGAGUGCGUUGCUUUAGUGGGUUCAUCUGGAUGUGGCAAGUCCACAAUUUUACAACUUCUACAAAGACUGUACGACCCUAUCUCGGGGUCAGUCAAACUCGAUGGCAAGGACUUGAAAAAUCUCAAUUUAAGUUGGCUCAGGUCAAGUUUAGGUGUCGUGGGACAGGAACCGGUACUAUUUCGAGGCACCAUACAUGACAAUAUCGCCAUUGGAUGUCCCGAAGCCACCAGGGAAGAGGUGCAAAGAGUCGCCGACAUAGCUUAUGCUCACGACUUCAUCAUAAGAUUACCUAACGGUUAUGACACCGUAAUCGGAGAACGUGGAGCGUCACUCUCAGGUGGUCAAAAACAAAGAAUUGCAAUAGCUAGAUCAUUGCUACGAGAACCUGCCGUGCUCCUGUUGGAUGAAGCCACGUCAGCACUCGACCCUCAGUCUGAGCGAGCAGUGCAAGCUGCUCUUGAUAGAGCCAGUCAGGGAAGGACUACCAUUACAGUAUCGCACAGAUUAUCAACUAUUGUAAACUGUAAACGCAUCAUUUGCAUGGACCAAGGAGCUAUAGUAGAAGAAGGUACUCACGAGGAACUUAUGAAAGCGAAAACAUUUUACUAUAAACUGGUAACAUCAAGUAAUGGAGAGGCGGAAACUGAGGCCAUUGAAACCUUAUUGGAGGAGGGCGAUGUGGAAGCCAACGUUCUUGAGGGUGAAUCUAUUGCGCCGAGGCACGAUGUCAAGAGACGAUCUACUAGGAGAGUUCAUCGGCAUCAUUCUCUUAAAAGAGAUUCUCAUGAUUGGAUGACGCCGCGUGGAUCGAUAUCUUCCGUUAUGUCGACUGGUUUGCAAAACUUUGUUUACAAUGCCGAUGUAGAUUCGGAGGAAGAAAAGGAAGACGAAGAGGAAGUCAAAUCAGUCAGUGACUGGCAACUCCUCAAACUGAAUGCUCCCGAGUGGCCUUAUUUAGUCAUUGGGUCAAUUGCUGCCUUUUUACAAGGAGCGUGUUUCCCUGCGUUCGCGCUCUUAUUCGGUUACACCGCUGGGAUUUAUGUAUUAACAAACUAUGAUGCUAUAAGGCACCAGGCAGAUUUGUAUGCUGGCAUGUUCCUUGUCGUAGCGGGCGUAGCUGGGGCAACAAUGUGCAUACAAAGUUUUACAUUUACGACCGCGGGGCUGAAAAUGACUUCCAGACUGAGACAUCAGUAUUUCGCUAGUCUUCUAAAGCAGGAGAUAGGAUUCUUCGAUAAGGAAUCUAAUACAGUGGGUGCGAUGUGUGCACGAUUAAGUGGCGAUGCCGCCGAGGUCCAGGGCGCCACGGGGCUGCGCAUCGGCCUAAUCUUGCAGGGUUUUAGCUCCGUAUUUGUUGGCUUCCUCAUGGCCAUAAGCUACAACUGGAAACUCACCCUUGUCGGAGUAGCUUUCUUGCCUCUGAUGGUAGGUAGCAUCUGGCUGGAGGGUAUAGUGUCUCAACAGUCGCAAGCUAACGAGCGAGAUGCUAUGGAAUCAGCAACAUCAGUCGCCACUGAGGCGAUCGUUAGCAUUAGAACCGUUCAGAGUUUAGGUGUCGAGAAGGUAUUCCUGCAGAAGUUCGAGGAAUCUCUGAAAUUGUCAUGUGCAGCUGUCGCCAAAAAGACGCGGUGGCGCGGUUUGGUGCUAGGUCUGGGCGUCUACGUGCCCUUCUUGUCAUACAGUAGCGCAACUAUAUACGGCGCCACUCUUGUGGCCUAUGAAGGACUGGAAUACAAAGUUGUGAUGCUAGUAAACGAAGCAAUAAUGUAUGGCGCGUACAUGCUGGGUCAGUCGUUGGUGUACGCACCCAGUUUCAACUCAGCCAAAGCUUGUGGCGCCCGUAUCCUAUCCGUUAUCAAUAGGGAGCCCAAAAUUAAGACCGAAAAUGGGGUGAAGGAUAAGAAAGACUGGGCAGCAACGGGCAACUUUAACAUAAAAGAGGUAGAGUUCAGCUAUCCAACUCGUCCACACCAGAUGGUCCUUAAGGGAAUAGACUUAAAGGUGGACGCCGGCAAAACAGUAGCUUUGGUAGGCUCCUCAGGUUGCGGGAAAUCCACCAUUCUACAGCUGUUGCAACGUUUUUACGACCCUGAUACUGGCAAUAUCGAAUUAGAUGGACGCGAUACGCGUAACAACUUAACCCUGUCGCGCCUACGGCGGCAGCUGGGUGUGGUGCAGCAGGAACCAGUAUUGUUCGACCGCACGCUAGCCGAGAACAUCGCGUACGGCGACAACAACCGUAAAGUGACCAUGCACGAGAUCGUGGCCUCUGCCAAGGCCGCAAACAUCCACAACUUCAUCGUGUCUUUGCCCAAAGGCUACGAGACCAACCUGGGCGCCAGUGGUGCGCAACUGUCGGGCGGGCAGAAGCAGCGCGUGUGUAUAGCGCGUGCUCUAGUCCGUGCGCCAAGACUUCUGCUGUUAGACGAGGCCACUUCUGCACUCGACGCCAACAGCGAGCGGGCCGUGUCUGAAGCUUUGGAAAAAGCUGCCAAAGGACGAACGUGCAUUACCAUCGCCCAUCGUCUAUCUACUAUAAAGGAUUCCGAUCUAAUCUGCGUGUUAGAUAAAGGAAAAAUUGUGGAGCGGGGUACUCACACUGAACUACUUAAUUUGAAGGGACAGUACUGGCGCAUGUGUAAAGGCCAACAUGUCGCCUGAAUGUCAACGCAAUAUUGUAAUAACUCAGCCGUAUGAAACGAGCCGCGUAUAACAAAUGAAUUUCGUUUUCAAAACAAAAACACGAAUAGGUAGUAAGUAGUCGGUAAUUACUAAUACAAGUUGUUGUAGUACAUGUAUAAUAUAUGUAAUUAAUAAUAUAAUAUAAACAACAAAAUAAAGACC